UGUGGCGGGCCCAAAAUGGCGACUGAGGUGGCUGAGGGGGUGGGUACCGCUGACGGGGAGAAGGAGGCCGCCGCCGACGCUGCUGAGCCUCCGAGCAACCCCAGCCGGGAGCAGCUCCUGGACUACAUCGUCGACGUUUCCUUGCGGAAGAUUGUGGAAACGGGCAGCUACCAUAGGUUUGCGAAGUGUUACAGUCGUCUUUACAAAGUGCAACCUGAACUCACCAAGUGUGUUUACAAUCAGUUUAUCGCCCACCUGCAAACCUCCUUUCGGGAGGAGAUCCAGGACCUGAAGGAAGAAGGGAAUCUCAGUGUGCUCUUUAAAUCACUAGAUGAACUUGUGGAAGAAGCAAAGAAAAGGAGUACCCCUGCAUGGCGUCCCAGUGGAAUCCCAGAGGAAGACGUCCACAGUGCUGUUGUGCCGUACCUUCUGAAGCAGCGCAGAUUCCUACAAAAGGCCAUAAAAGAAAAGGAAGAGGCGAACUCGCGGUUGGCUGAAGCAGUGCUGGCUGGUCGGAAGAGAAUUGCAGACCUGCAGGAGGAGAUCAGAAAGAGCAAGGAAGAGUGGCAGGCAGUUGCUCAAGAAGGUCAGCAGAUCGUGAGCAGCCUUGAUGAGCUUUAGCAAGGAAGCAAAGCCUUGCUGGCUCCUCACGAAUGGAGCCCCAACUGAAAAGGUGCUUUGGAAGACUAGGAUUCCCAGCCCAGGACUUGUAUAGGCUCUGAGGUAGAACCAACAGGGCUCACAAGUCUACUGCAGUGUGAGACUCACUGGUUUCCAAUUCUUGCAGAGUGUUGCUUUCACAAUCCUGCCGCUGGACUAUUAAAAAAAGUCUGCUGUGUGUUUGGGACCUAGACUAUAUGACCACACCCUGGACUGUGCAAGCCGGGGGGGGGUCUUUUUGCAGCUGCUUGACCCUUCCUUUUCCCUUGGUCAAGGUGCAUUUGAGCCCUUGAAAUCCUCAUCAGGAAACUGAGGCGGAGGUCACUUCCCACUGCAAUAUUCUCCCAGAUUUUAUUGCAUCUCAGUCAUUUUCUUUUCUUUCUGUAAGUUGCUUCCCUGCUUAUGUUCCUACUUAACACUUCUCAAAAACUCGCAUCUACAUCUUGUCCACAAUGAAGCUCAGCCACUGGUGAGUCAACGGUAAGGUUGCCACAAAACAGCCCAUGUUCACAGCAGAAUCAUUGGGGUGUUUGGGGGUGACCUAAGCAGCAGCACCUCCUCUUUCUUAGUUUGAAGGAAGCAAACAUUUGUUAAUUACUGAUGUAUAAAGCAAGUACAACCAAACCUCUCCUAUGAAAUACUCUGGGGGUGUGUGGGGGUGUGCAUGUAACUUUUGAAGCAGAUUAGAACUGCAUUAAAGUAUUGCUACAAUU